AUGGCACCAGUUGACAUUGCCGGUCCUAUAGUAAAGGAUGGAAAAUUAGAAAAGAAACCCAUUAGUUUCAUUAACCUUGCCGUAGGCGCAGGGUUAAACAUGUUUGAAGUAUCUACACUUGGUCAACCUUUCGAAGUUAUCAAAACUCAUUUGGCAGCGAAUCGAAAUGAUAAUAUCUUGAUAUCUUUGAAAAAGACCUUCAAAAGAGGUGGAAUUUUAGGGUUUUAUCAAGGAUUAAUACCAUGGGCUUGGAUUGAAGCUAGUACAAAGGGCGCAGUACUUAUCUUCACUGCCAGUGAAUUCGAGUACAGGGCACGUGUCUCUGGAGCGUCACCUUUUUUGGCGGGAAUUCUUGGUGGUAUGGGAGGUGGUUUAGCACAAGCCUACACCACUAUGGGGUUUUGUACUUUUAUGAAAACCGUAGAGGUUACUCGUCAUAAAGCUCCUGCAGGACAAGAAGUAUCAACUAUCAAAGUUGCAUCUGAGAUUUGGAAAAAAGAAGGUAUCCGCGGAAUUAAUAAAGGUGUAAAUGCCGUAGCAGUUCGACAAUGUACCAAUUGGGCUAGUAGAUUUGGAUUGACAAGAGCAGGUGAAACUGCAAUUAGGAGAAUUAGAGAUGGUGAUGUACCAGAUUAUAGUAGACCAUUGUCCCCAAUCCAGAAAAUCCUGGCUAGUGCCAUUGGAGGAGGUUUGUCUUGUUGGAAUCAACCUAUCGAAGUAAUUAGGGUUGAAAUGCAAUCUCAGGUUAAAGCAGCAGGAAGACCUGAGAAAAUGACGAUUUUUUCUUGUGCUAAAUACAUUUAUAAGAAUAAUGGUUUGAAAGGAUUUUAUCGUGGUGUAACUCCCAGAAUAGGUUUAGGUAUUUGGCAGACUGUUUGUAUGGUAUUUGGUGGAGAUGCAGUCAAGGCUAAAAUUGCUCAAAGGCAAGCCGCGAAGAUUUAA